CACGCGGCAUCUUCCCCUUUAAUCGCCACUCUCUCUCUCUCUUUAUAUAUCUUUAAAAACCAUUCUUCAACCUAACAAAAAAACCCACAGCAACAAAAAAGAAAACCAUACAAACAAAUCCUGAAAGACUCUCUCUUUACAACGUAAAGAGCAAAAACCCCAACAGCAAAACGUGUAGCAAUAAGGUAAAAACACGGUAGGGAAGGAAGGUUGUUAAUAUAUACAUAUAAAAGUUAUAACGGAGAAAAGGUCGAACGAUUCAAAAAAACCCAACGAUGGCUAUGAUGUUACGGUCGCUCGCUAGGCCGCUUGAACGUUGCCUUGGGUUAAGGGCCGGUGGGGAUGGUCUCAUGUGGCACACUGAUCUUAAACCUCAUGCUUCCGGCGAUUACUCUAUCGCCGUCGUUCAAGCCAAUAAAAACCUUGAAGAUCAAAGCCAAGUCUUUACAUCUCCUUUGGGUACCUAUGUUGGUGUUUAUGAUGGUCAUGGCGGACCCGAAGCUUCCAGAUUUGUAAACAAGCAUCUUUUCCCAUUUCUCCACAAAUUUGCUACAGAGCAAGGGGGAUUAUCUGCAGACGUGAUAAAGAAGGCGUUCAAUGCUACUGAAGAAGAGUUUUUACAUUUGGUGAAGCAAUCAUUGCCCGUAAGGCCUCAAAUUGCUUCAGUUGGAUCAUGUUGCCUUGUUGGUGCGAUAUCCAACGAUGUGUUGUAUGUGGCGAAUCUCGGCGACUCGAGAGCAGUUCUUGGCAAAAGAGUUUCGGAGGAUAAGAAAAAGGUUGUGGCGGAGAGGCUAUCAACAGAUCACAAUGUUGGAGUUGAGGAAGUAAGGAAAGAGGUUGAGGCUCUUCAUCCUGAUGAUUCGCAUGUCGUGGUUUACACUCGCGGAGUUUGGAGGAUUAAGGGCAUAAUCCAGGUGUCAAGAUCUAUAGGUGAUGUUUACUUGAAGAAACCGGAUUUUUAUAGAGAUCCAAUCUUUCAACGAUUCGGAAACCCUGUUCCCCUUAAAAGACCAGUUAUCACGGCAGAACCCUCCAUCCUUAUUAGAAAGCUUAAGCCGCAAGACUUAUUUCUGAUCUUUGCAUCAGAUGGCCUAUGGGAACAGUUGAGCGAUGAAACUGCCGUAGACAUUGUUUUCAGAAACCCCCGAGCCGGUAUUGCUAAGAGACUGGUAAGUGCUGCACUUCGAGAAGUUGCAAAGAAAAGAGAGAUGAGAUACGGCGAUAUUAAGAAAAUCGAGAAGGGAAUAAGACGGCAUUUCCAUGACGAUAUAACCGUAAUCGUCAUCUACCUAGAUCAACACCGAGGCUCUUCACAUAACAUAGUUAAACAUAAUGCCAUGGGGUGCACGACGGCGCCAAUCGACAUCUAUUCAUACAAUGCAGAUGAAGGAUAUGAAGGAGAUUUACUUCAAACAGUUUCUUGAAUACACAAUAGAAUGAGUUAAUAUUAGGUUUAGCACACUGACUUUUUAUUCUUUUUCAAGUUUUAUUCAUGUAUAGAGAAACCAAAUGAUAGGGUGGAUUGGUCCUUAAACCAAUGUUUCAUUGGGAGAAAAAUAGAGUUUGGAAGGUAAUUUUAGCCACCUGAGACGGAUUCCGACUCUGGCGGCUAUAGGUGUUCCGGUUGAAGUUCUACCGGUUGCCGAAAAGGCUACAUUGUUUUAUUGGUUUAUUAAAUUUAUCGCUUAUAUUAUAUUUAUAUUAUAUUUAAUUUGAAGUGAGUAACUAAAGAUAA